AUGCGCGGAGGAGUCGGACCAGCCCGACCGAUGCUGCCCGAGCGACAACGGACUGCGAAUCAUGUGGACCAGUGCGACCGGGUGGACCGUAACGAAAUGUCGUCUUCAACGUGCCGAUCAUCAUCUUGGUGUUUCGUCUUUGUGAUAUACGGAAUAUGUGCCGGCUUGUUGCUAUUCUCCACCGCCACUUCCGCCGUCGCCACUGCUGCCGAAAUAGACGGCGAUAGACUAGCUCCGCCAGAUUGUCCGACCGGCUCCUUCACGUGCGGCCGCUACGUCUUCAACCAGACGUACUGUCUACCGUCGUACCAACGGUGCGAUAAGGUGGUAGACUGCGUCGACGGCACCGACGAAGCGGAUUGCGGUUACCGCCAUUGCCAGAGCAAGGAUUUCAAAUGUUCCAGCGGAAUUUGCCUUCCCAGUGAAAAGAAAUGCGAUGGAUUCAUCGACUGUCGAGAUGGCGCUGACGAGAUAGGCUGCAGUUUUGCCGCCAACGUCACUUCCUGUCACCUGGACAAGUUCCGCUGCGCCAACGGCCAGGGCUGCUUGGAGACGAGCCGCAAGUGUGACCACCGGUCCGACUGCGCCGACGGCUCGGAUGAAGUCGAUUGCAAUUUCCCAGCGUGUCACAGCGGUCAGUUCCGGUGUGACAAUGGACUGUGUUUUCCGAAUCGGUGGCGUUGCGAUGGUUUUGCCGACUGCGCUGACAAUUCGGAUGAAGCCAAUUGCACGCUGAUCGGAUGCCCGGACAACAAGUUCCUUUGCCCUCAAGGAUCGCCCACUGGCGGGCCGAAAUGCGUUGAGCGCACCAAACUGUGCGAUGGCCAUCGCGAUUGUUCCGACUUUGCCGACGAAAAAGUGGAAUGCUCCAACCAUCUUUGUUCCAGCAUCGGCUGUGCCCAUCAAUGCCGGCCAUCGCCUGAAGGCGGCGUCUGCAUCUGCGCCGAGGGCCAAGUCCUUUCCAGUUCGGAUAAUCGGACAUGCUCUGAUCGCGACGAAUGCAAGGAAUGGGGUUUCUGCGACCAAAUGUGCACGAACGUUGAUCGCAGUUUCAAAUGCUCGUGUCAAGACGGUUAUGAAUUGAUCGAUGGCAACCAAUGCACGGCAUCCAAUGCCAGCCAAUUCCGGCUCUAUUUUGCCCACCAUCAACGGGUCGUCAAGAUCGACGCUACCGGCCAAUCCGUCGAGAUGGUGUCGAAUUCGACUUCCGCCGGAGGAUUGGAUUAUCACUUUAGACGGGCAAUGCUUUUGUGGUCCGACUUGGAAACGCGGAAAAUCUACUCGCUACCGCUGGACAACAAUUUGUCAGCGGACAAAGUUUCGGCGACGGCGACAGGUGGCCGCGAGAGCCGAUCGAGUUCCAGUUCGGACAUUUCCGUGCCCACCGCUUGGCUACCGACGGCCAUCGCGGUUGAUUGGAUCGGCGAUAAACUCUUUGUGGCCGAUGCUCUCGGCCAAAAGAUCGACGUCUUCGAGCUUGACGGCCGUUGGCACGCCAUCGUCAUUAGCAACAACAUGUCGGAGCCGACGGAUUUGGCUCUCGAUCCCACACAGGGUCUCAUGUUCGUUUCGGAGAACAGCCGCAUCUUCCGGGCCAAUAUGGACGGCUCGAAAAUGAAGGAUUUGGUUACCGACGCCAUCUACAAAGCAUCCGGCUUGUCCGUCGAUUUGCCGACGAAGCGCAUCUUUUGGUGCGAUUCGCUGCUCGACUACAUCGAGACGGUCGAUUACGAAGGGCGCAAUCGCUUCCUCGUGGUCCGCGGUGCAGCCAACGUUCCGGCCGCUUCGCGACUGGCCGUCUUCGAACGCAGCGUUUAUUGGACGGACGGCACCAAACAGGGCGUUUUAUCCGUCAACAAAUUCAAAGGAGAAUCGACGAUCCAAAAUAUUUACCGGAUGAGGAACGUGACCAAAGAACCGAAAGCCAUCCGAGGAGUCCAUCGAUUACUCCAGCCGCAACUGGCCAAUCCGUGCGGGACCAAUAACGGAGGGUGCCAGCAUUUGUGUAUCGUCUCGCAGCGCGCCGACGGCCAAGGUUUGGGCUUCCGAUGCGCCUGUAAUGUCGGUUACCGGCUGGCCGAUGACCGGAUGUGGUGUUCGCCCGUCGAGGACUUUUUAAUGUACUCGCAGCAGAAAUUCAUCAAGGGACGCGUCAUCUUGCCCGUCUCUGAAGGGUUCGACGAUGCCAUCUCGCCCAUAGUCUCGCGGACGGCCCGUUUCGUCGGUCUCGAUUUCGACUCGUACGAUGACCACAUUUACUACUCUGACGUCAUCCUAGACGUCAUUUACCGCAUCCGGCGCAAUGGAACCGGCCGUGAAAACGUGCUGGCCUCGCAGAACGAAGGCGUCGAAGGCUUGGCGCUCGACUGGGCCUCUAAGAACCUCUACUACAUCGACAGCCGCAAAGGGACGUUGAACGUCCUCAACACCCGCAAUUCGACUUAUCGGCGCACUCUGCUCCGCGAUUUGAAACGGCCCAGGGCCAUUGUUGUCCAUCCCAACAAGGGCUUCAUCUUCUACUCUGAAUGGGACAGGCCGGCCAACAUUAGUCGCGCUUAUCUCGACGGAACCCACUUGAUGGUCUUCCGCAACAUCCUGUUGGGCUGGCCCAACGGACUGGCCAUCGACUUUGAGACGGACCGAAUCUACUGGUGCGAUGCCCUGCUGGAUCACAUUCAACACGCGAAACUUGACGGAACGGAUGUGAGGACGAUCAGUUCUCGUCUGGUCCGUCAUCCGUUUUCCCUCGUCGUUUUCCAGGACAUUAUUUACAUAACCGAUUGGCGAUUGGACGGCAUCGUUCGCAUGAAUAAAACAUCCGGCGAGAGCGAGAAAGUCAUCAUUCAAGUGCAGGAGAACAAUCGCCUUUAUGGCAUCAAAGUCUAUUCGAAAAAGACUCAGAACAUCAUUGAAGGCCAUCCGUGCGCAGCCAACAAUGGCGGAUGCGAGAAACUCUGUUUCCCCAUUCCGUCCAAUUUGACCACUUCUGGAUUGACGCCCGAGUGCGGAUGCCCUUACGGAGAGAAGCUCUCACCAGAUAGGAAGACUUGCAUUUUGGAUCCGGGCUCGGAGCCGCCCGUCCAGGCUUGUCCCAACAUUUGGGAUUUUACGUGCGACAACCAGCGAUGCAUCCCCAAAACGUGGGUCUGCGACGGCGACGAUGAUUGCCUGGACAAUUCGGAUGAAAAUCAAAAUUGCACCAAGCCCACUUGUUCCACGGACGAGUUCCAGUGCACGUCGGGCCGUUGCAUCCCCAACUCUUUCCGCUGCGACUCUGACAACGAUUGCGGCGAUUCGUCUGACGAGACGGGCUGCGUCAACGUCACUUGCGACGCGUCCCAGUUCACUUGCGACAACGGCCGCUGUAUCCCGCCCACCUGGAAAUGCGAUUCCGAGAACGAUUGCGGAGACGGCAGCGACGAAGGAGAUUUCUGUGCCGAAAGGACUUGCGCUUAUUUCCAGUUCACUUGCCCGCGUUCCGGCCACUGCAUUCCGCAAUCGUGGGUCUGCGACGGCGAUAACGAUUGCUUCGACAACAAAGACGAGGAAGGCUGUCCGCCCAUCACGUGCUCGGCCCAGCAACUGAAAUGCGGAAACGGGAAACAGUGCGUCCACGAAUCGUACAAAUGCGACGGCAUCCCCGACUGCGACGACGGCAGCGAUGAAGUCGGCUGCCCGUCUCUGGCUCCCGACCAGUGUAACGAGGAGAAGCAGUUCAACUGCGCCAGGUCGGGCGUCUGUAUCCCGAGGGCGUGGCACUGCGACGGCACCAAAGACUGCGAAGACGGAUCGGACGAGCCGUCGACUUGCGGCGAGGUCAAUUGCGGCAAGGACUACUUCAAGUGUAAUAACUCUCGUUGCGUCAUCAACACGAUGGUCUGCAACGGCCAGGAUGACUGCGGUGAUGGAUCGGAUGAAGACGACCGACACGCCUGCACUCGACCACCUUUCCAAUGCCCUGCUGGACAGUGGCAGUGCCCAAGAGUCACCGAUCGCUGUAUCAACAUGACGCAGGUUUGUGAUGGCAACAGAGAUUGUCCUAGUGGUUCGGACGAAGGGCCCGGUUGCGACGUCAAGGACUGCGACGAUCACGGCGCUUCCUGCUCUCACGGAUGCCAACAGACGCCGGCCGGCCCGAUUUGUCUGUGUCCGCCAGGUGAAAUUCUUCUGGCCAACGACACGAAAGUCUGCGUCGACCUGGACGAAUGCCAAUUCCCCGGCUCUUGUUCCCAGUCGUGUAAAAACACGAAGGAAACAUUCAUCUGCUCUUGCUCCGACGGCUACCUGUUGCAUGACGACAAGCGCACCUGCAAGGCCGUCAACUCUAGCAGCGCUUUCUUGCUCAUUUCCAACCGUCGAUCCCUGCUCGUCUCUGAUUUGAAAGAGAAAUCGAUCGAAGUUGUUCCAGUCGAAGUGGAGAACGUCGUCGCUUUGGCCUCUGACACCCAUUCCAACGUGCUCUACUGGUACGACAUGAAGACGAAGAAGAUCUUCCGCAAGGAACUCUCUGGAACGCCCCAGCCCAUCAUUAGUAGCGGAGCCGAUCUGAUUGAAGGCCUGGCCCUGGAUUGGAUCGCCCAGAAUCUUUACUGGGUCGAUUCCAGGUUGAAUACGAUCGAAGUGGCCCGUGAAAACGGGUCCAACCGGAUGGUUCUCUUGUCGAAAGAUAUCGACCAACCUCGUGGAAUCGCCCUGGAUCCCAGUCCCAAUGCCCGGGUCCUCUUCUGGACCGAUUGGGGAGACCACCCCCGUAUCGAGCGAGUCAACAUGGACGGUACCAACCGGACGAGCAUUUUGACGAGCAAAAUCUUUUGGCCCAACGGCCUGACGCUCGACUUGCCCACCAAAAGGGUUUACUUUGCCGAUUCCAAGGUGGACUACAUCGACUAUUGCAACUACGACGGAACUGGAAGGCGACAGGUUUUGUCCGGGAGUCACUACCUACUCCAUCCUCACUCUUUGGCCGUCUUUGAAGACACGGUUUACUGGACCGACAGGCAGCUGAACCGCGUCCUCUCUGCCAACAAGUUUAACGGAGCCAAUCAGACCGUCUUUUCGCAUUUGGUUUCGCAGCCUUUGAGCGUUCUCCUCCAUCAUCCGUCGUUGCAGCCGCUGCAUCCAAAUCCGUGCGCCAACGCCACCUGUGGGCAUCUUUGCUUACUAUCUCCAAUUUCCCCCACUGGCUACACGUGUCGCUGCAGGCCUGGAUAUCGCCUCAAUCCCGUCGGCUCUUCCGGCCAGUGUAUCGAGGAAGAGUCUCCGUACUUGAUUUUGAUGAAGGGAUCUCAGAUCAUCGAUCUUAGUCUGACGCCCAACAGCGACAGCGACAACAGGGGAGGCCGUCUGACUCCGGUUGUGGAGGUUGGAGCCGGCCGCGAGCUGGAUUUUGACCGUAAAGGCGAAGCCCUCUACUGGAUCGAAGUCUUGGAAGGCGACGAAGAGAACGGAACCCUUUACAAGAUGAAUUUGGGCGGUGGAAACAAGACGGCCUUCCUCAGCGAGCUGGACACGGGCAUCGUCGGCGCUCCCUACACUUUGGCCUUUGACUGGGUCGGCCGGAAUCUCUACCUCGGCAACAAGAAGGCGUCCAACAUUGAAGCCAUCCGCGUCGACGGCAAGACGAAACACCGCACCGUCAUCCUGUCCAACGACGGAACGGACGUUUCGGUGGCCAAACCGCGGGCGAUCGCUCUCGAUCCCUACGAAGGCAAACUCUACUGGCUGGACGAAGGCGGUUUCGGCAUUCCGCGCAAAAUCUCCAAGGCCAACAUGGACGGCUCUGAAGUCCGCAACCUGUUCACCGACAUUGGCCAGCCGCUGUCGUUGACGAUUGAUUUGGCCAACAAGCAGCUCUACUGGAGCACCAUCAACGAGGCGGAGAUUGAAGCCUCGGACGUCGAGGGCAACAACAGACGCAAAAUCAUUUCCAGCGGAAUCAACAAGCCCGUCUCUUUGGCCGUCUUCGAGAGCCGGAUGUACUACAUGGACACGGUUUACGAGGAAGUUGCCCGCGUCGAUUUGCCCAACGGAGACAACAAGCAGAUUUUGAAGAACAACCAACCGGACCUCAAGACGUUCCGGCUGUUCCACAAACGCUCGACGCCCGACAAUCAUCCGUGCGCCAUCAACAAUGGAGGCUGCGAGCAUCUUUGCAUCCCGUCGACGUCCAACACUCGCGUCUGCCGCUGUUCUCUCGGUUCCAGGAAAGAAGGCGAAACUCGUUGCGUUCCUUACAAAUCCUUCACCAUCGUUUCCCAGUUGACUCUGACUCGCGGAUUCUCACUGGAAGACACGGCCGCCGAGGGCAUGAUCCCCAUUACCGGAGCUGGACACAACAUCCUUCACGUCGACGUCCACUGCGCCGAAAACUGGAUCUACUGGGUGGAAUUCAACAAGGACAAGCUCAACGGAAUUUUCCGCGUCCGUCCCAACGGAUCGGAAUUGACGCACGUCAUCAGCUCCGGCAUCGGCUCUAACGGCAUUCGAGGCUUGGCCGUCGACUGGCUGGCCGGCAAUUUGUAUUUCACCAACGUCUUCCCGCACGAAACUUACAUCGAAGUGGCCCGUUUGGACGGCAGCAAGCGCAUGGAACUGCUGCGCAGCACCAAGGAGUCGCCCCGAGAGCUGGCCGUCAACCCCAUCAAACGCUACCUGUACUGGAUCGACAACGGCCAGUUCCCCGUCAUCGGGAAGGCCUUGCUGGACGGGACCCAGUGGACUCCCCUGGUGACGUCCGGCAUCAGCAGCCCGAGGGAUUUGACUGUGGACAUGCAGACGCACGACAUUUACUGGGUGGACUCGCGUGAAGACGCCAUCCAGCGGAUUUCGUACACGGGCGGCAACCGACAGCUCAUCCGCCGCAAUUUGCCCAAUCCGAUGGGCAUCGCUUUGCUCAAGGGCACCGUUUACUGGGUCGAUCGCAAUUUGGGCUGCAUCUUCCGGGCGUCGAAACAGCCGGGCAACACGACUCUGCCCGAAAAGGUCAAGACGGGCCUGGACAAUUUGCGCGAUGUGGCCAUUUUCGACAUUUCCAAUCAGCCGCAAGGUGAAACGCCCUGCUCCAAGGGCCCGGACGCCGGCGGAUGCGAACAGCUUUGCUUCGCUUAUCCGACGGAUUCGACGUCGCCGACACCAUUCGGCUUCCAGUGCAAAUGCGCCACCGGAUCGCUGCAGGAAGACGGCCGGACUUGCGGAACUCCCAAGGAAUACCUGGUCUUUGCCACUCGCACGGAAGUGCGGUCCGUCUCGCUGGAUCCCAAGGCCCUGAGCGCUCCGUUUGCACCGCUCGUCAAUUUGUCCAACGUCGUCGGCCUGGAUUUCGACUACGCUGAUCGCCGGUUGAUCUACACCCAAAUCCGUCCGGAUGCCCGGAUCGCUUGGUUCAAUUCCGACCUUCCCAACUCGUCCAACGCCACUCUGAUCAAGUCUGGACCCAUCAAUCCGGAAGGCAUUGCUUACGACUGGACUCACAAGAAGAUUUACUGGACCGAUUCGGCCAACAGCAGCAUUUACGCCAUGAACUUGGACGGAACGCAAGUUGUCAAUAUCGCCCGUGUCGACCGUCCCCGGGCCAUCGUGCUCCAUCCGUGCAGAGGUUACAUGUUCUUCACCGACUGGGGAAGGUUCGGACCGAACGGAAAGAUUUUCCGCGCUACAAUGGCCGGUACUUUGAAGGAAGCCAUCAUCAGUCAAGAUUUAACUCAACCUAGCGGUCUAGCAAUCGAUUACGACGACGAUAUGCUCUACUGGACGGACGCUGUCCGCGAAAAGAUCGAGCGCUCCAACCUGGACGGAACCAAUCGCGAAAUCCUCAUCACUGCCACCAUCUACCCGUUCGCCAUCACCGUUUUCGGCAAUUUUAUCUACUGGACGGACCUGCAACUGCGUGGUCUCUACAGAGCCGAGAAACACACGGGCGCCGACAUGAUUGAACUCGUUCGCCGGUUGGACGAUUCACCACGUGAUCUACAGGUGUUUUCUCCGGAUCGGCAGCGUUGCCAGUUCAACCCGUGCACGUUGAAUAACGGCGGUUGCGCCCAGUCUUGCCACCCGUCGACGAACGGGACGGCCGAGUGCAAGUGUGACGAAUCGACGAAGCUGGUCAACGACAACCGGAUGUGCGUCGGUCGUAAUUUGACUUGCGAGGGCAACAAAUUCUACUGCGCCAACGGCAAGUGCAUCUCGCGCCUGUGGGCCUGCGACGGCGACGACGACUGCGGCGACAAUUCCGACGAGGACAAGGGCUACUGCUCGUUCCACACUUGCGGGCCCAUCGAGUACCGUUGCGGCAACGGCCGCUGCAUCUUCAAAUCGUGGAAGUGCGAUCACGAGAACGAUUGCGGCGACAAUACGGACGAGGAAGGAUGCAGCUACGCGAGCUGCGCCGAAGGAGAAUUCACCUGCGCCAACCAACGGUGCAUCUCCAUGACGCAGGUUUGCAACGGAAUCAACGACUGUAAAGACGCCAACACGACGGACGAGGCCAGCGAUCGUUGCGCCAGGAACACGACUUGCCCGUCGGGGCAUUUCAAGUGCAACUCGACCAACAUUUGCGUCGAACCGUUUUGGCUCUGCGACGGCGACAACGACUGCGGCGACAAUUCCGACGAGAACGACUCUGCCUGCUCGCAGAGAAACUGUCCCAGCAACAGUUUCCGUUGCCCCAACAACAACCGCUGCAUCCCGGCAACGUGGUACUGCGAUGGAGACGACGACUGUGGAAACGGAGCCGAUGAACCGCCAGAUUACUGCAAAUCGGGCACCAAAACUUGUUUCGGUGACCUAUUUACCUGCGACAAUGGCAACUGCAUCCCGCGCAUUUACAUCUGCGACGGAGAUAACGACUGUCUGGAUAAUUCCGACGAAGACAACCGACACCAGUGCGGCAACCGCAAAUGUGACGCUGAAACGGAAUUCGCCUGCAGCGCCAACAAACAAUGGGGCAAAGCUCAGUGUAUUCCGCGCAAGUGGGUCUGCGAUGGCGACCCGGAUUGUGUCGACGGCGCCGAUGAGAAUUCGACGUCGCUCAAUUGCUCGACGCGCAACAGCUGCUCUACCGAGCAGUUUACCUGCGGAAACGGGCGCUGCAUCCACCGCAACUGGACUUGCGACCACGACAACGACUGCGGAGACGGAUCGGACGAAGGGCCCGAGUGCAACGGCAAAUACCGCACCUGCUCCCCGACGGAAUUCGCUUGCCAGAACGCCAAGUGCGUCGCCAAAUCGUAUCACUGCGACAAGGAAAACGACUGCGGAGACUGGUCGGACGAGUGGAACUGCACCUACACGGGCGGCAAAGGUGGCAGCACUCCUGCUGCGUCCUGCCCCGACGGCCAGUACAAAUGCUCCAACAGUAGCCAAUGCAUAGACGAGAGCCUGGUCUGCAAUAAAGUGUCGGAUUGUCCCGAUGGCAGUGACGAGUCCCUUCAUUGUGGCAUCAACGAAUGUCUCAAGGUGGAAGUCCAUCAGUGCGGCCAGCUCUGCAUCGACACGCCCAUCAAGUACAAGUGCGCUUGCAAUCCGGGCUAUCGGCUCAUGUCUGACGGUAAAGCUUGCACGGACGUUGACGAGUGCAAAGACACUCCUGGCGUCUGUUCGCAGUACUGCGUCAACACGCCCGGCUCUUACUAUUGCAAGUGUAACGAGACGUACUACGAGCGCGAGGCGGACGAACACACGUGCAAGCGACGUGACUCUACAAUGCCUUGGCUCAUUUUCACCAACAAGUACUACGUCCGAAACAUGUCGGUCGAUGCUAAACAGUACGCCGUUGUCCAUCAAGACCUCCGCAAUGUCGUGGCUGUCGAUUUCGAUUUCCGCGACGAUCGGCUCUACUUUGCCGACGUCAAUGCCAAGACGAUCUACCGGGCCUUUGUGAACGGCACGAGCACCAAAGAGACGAUCAUCAAGCACGAUUCCAUGGGGCUGGAAGGUUUGGCCGUCGAUUGGGUCGGCCGCAAACUCUACUGGCUCGACAGGCACUCUAAACAUGUCGAAGUCUCUGAGCUGGACGGCACUCACAGGAAGACGCUCAAAGCGGACGGCAUUUCCGAUCCGCGGGCCAUCGUCGUCCAUCCGGGCGCUGGAUACUUGUUUUUCACCACGUGGCAUUUGCAGGCCUACAUCGGCCGGCUGGGCAUGGACGGAAGCAAUUUCACUCGCAUCGUCACUUACGAGCAGCGACUCGCCUGGCCCAACGCCCUCACCAUCGACUACAUGACGGACAAGCUCUACUGGGCCGACGCUCAUCUCGACUACAUUGCCUACUCCGACCUGGACGGCCGCAAUCGAAGAUACGUCGUCCAGGACGUGCUGAAAGUGCCGCACGUCUUCGCCAUCACCGUCUUUGAUGACUUCAUCUUCUGGACCGAUUGGAACUUGAAGGCCGUCAGCCGCGCCAACAAAUGGACGGGAGAGAAUCACGUGGUGUUGCGCAACACGACGCACAGGCCCUACGAUCUGCACGUGUACCAUCCGCUGAGGCAAGCCGCUUACCCCAACCCGUGCGGCAAGAAUAAUGGAGGCUGUUCCGGCCUCUGCCUUCUGUCCCCGUCCAAGAAUGGAACGGUCGGUUUCAAAUGCGUCUGCCCUAACCAAUUCAUUUUAGCUCCGGACGGAAAGACGUGCAUCGCCAAUUGCACGGCUGGUCAACAUCGAUGCGGAGGCAAAGACAAUCGUUGCAUUCCGCUCUACUGGAAGUGCGACGGAGAAAAGGAUUGCCAGGACGGAACGGACGAGCCCAGCACUUGCAAGGAGCGCUUCUGUAAAUCCGGCCAGUUCCAGUGCCACAACAACAACUGCACGACGGCGACGACGCUGUGCGACGGCGUCGACGAUUGCGGCGACGGAUCGGACGAGCGCGACUGCGACAUUCCCUGCCCCGAGAACGAGUUCAAAUGCAACUCCACGGGCCGCUGUAUCCUGGGCACGUGGAAAUGCGACGGAGACAACGACUGCCGCGACGGCUCGGACGAGGAUCCGGCCAUUUGCCAUUCGCGCACUUGCGACUCUGAAACGGAAUUCACCUGUAAGAACGGGCGCUGCAUCCAGAAAUCUUGGUAUUGCGACUCGGACAACGAUUGCGGCGACGGAUCUGACGAGCCGGCCCACAUUUGCAGACAGAGGAACUGCACGGCCGGGUGGAGACGCUGCCCGCGCUGGGGCAAUUACCGCUGCAUUCCGCAGUGGCUCUUCUGCGACGGCAAAGACGAUUGUCGCGACGGCUCUGAUGAAUUGCCGGAACAGUGCCCGAAAUGCCACGAAACGGCCGAAUUCCAGUGCAAGAACAAGCGCUGCAUUCCGCGCCGCUGGACUUGCGAUUUCGAAAACGAUUGCGCCGACGGCGACGACGAAGAUGACGAACUCUGCCGCCAUCAGUACCGCGAAUGCUCGGCUUCGGAAUUCCGCUGCGUUUCCGAUGGCAAAUGCGUCCCUGGCCGGUACCGGUGCGACCACGACAGCGACUGUACCGACGGGUCGGAUGAAAUCGGCUGUGAAGGAUUCGCUUGCACCAACGGCACGUUCCAGUGCAAGAGCGGCCACUGCAUCUCGCAGCAAUUCCGCUGCGAUGGAGAACGCGACUGCCACCUGGACGCCUCCGACGAAGCCGACUGUCCACCACGUUAUCCAGAUGGAAAGUACUGUCCACCCGAACGUUUCGAGUGCGACAAUCACGUCUGCGUCAACACUGAGAACCGCUGCAACGGCGUCAACGAUUGCGGCGACAAUUCGGACGAGAAACCGGAAGAGUGCCAGGACAAAUGCGGCGGGCGGGACCGUUUCCAGUGCGACAACCGUCGCUGCAUUCUCCGCUGGCAGAUUUGCGACGGCCACAACGAUUGCGAGGACGGCUCUGAUGAGAACAACGUGACGCUCUGCGCCAAACGGCCCAAGCCCUGCAACCCCAACACUCAGUUCACGUGCGCCAAUCGCAAUUGCGUCGCCAAGGAGCUCGUCUGCAACUUGCAAAACGAUUGCGAGGACGAGUCGGACGAAAGGGGAUGCCACUCGGCCAGCUCUUGCACCGACUCGACCAACGGCGGAUGCGAACACCGAUGCCAGAACUUGACCGGAGGCGGCUACAUCUGCUCCUGCAAUCGCGGCUACAUCGCCUCCAAGGACAACCCCAAGAUCUGCGAAGACGUCGACGAGUGCGCUACACUCCAGCACAAUUGCUCGCAAAUUUGCAUGAACCUCAAAGGGUCUCACAAAUGCGGAUGUCAUUCUGGAUUCGAUUCGGUGGACAACGUGUCUGGCGUUUGCAAAUCGCCCGGUCCCUGGAAUUUGCUCUUUUCGGACGGAAGCAACGUCAUCUCGUUGAACACGACACAGCGCAAGGAACGCGAAGUCAUUUUCGGCGAGAAGAGGAUCCAGUCGCUCGACUUUGACCCGCACACGCACAUCGUCUUUUGGACGGACACGAUGGAUUUGUCCAUCAAGCGCUCGUACAUUCCGGAGAGUAGCAAUCAAGUGGAGAUUGGCCAUCCGCAAGUGAUCGUCUCUUUCACCAAGACGGCCGUGCCCGUCGAUUUGGCUGUCGACUGGGUCGCCCAGAAUCUUUACUGGCUCGAGAUGGACGGACAGACGUCCAAGGGCCAAGUCGUGACGGCUAAGAAUGACGGCCGUUAUCGACGCAGCGUCAUCCCCCGAGGCAUCGACACGCCCACCUCCAUCGUCGUCAACCCAAUUCUCGGUGAAAUGUACUGGUCGCAGGCCGGAUCUAAUCCCCGUAUCGAAACAGUCUGGAUGGACGGUACGAAGCGUAAAGUUUUGGUGUCUGAAAGAUUGGCCCAUCCGACGGCCUUAACCAUCGAUUUCGGCAUGGACAACACAAUCUUCUGGGCCGAUCACACUCUGAGCACCAUCGAGAUGAUGAAACGCGACGGCACGGGCCGGACGAUGGUUUUGCGCGGCGACACCAUUGAUCGCCCGUCCGCGCUCGACGUUUUCGAGAGCACGCUCUACUGGAUUUCCACCGGCAAAGGCGAACUCCGCCGUCAGGACAAAUUCGGUCGCGGAGUUAUGGUCCGUCUCGUCAAAGAUAUUGCCUCGCCCAGCACCGUCAAAGUCUUUAGCGAAUAUCGCUACAACACUACGGUCAACAACCCUUGUUUCAACAGCCCUUGCACUCAUUUGUGCGUCCUGAUUCCGGGCGGAUAUCGUUGUGCCUGUCCGGACAGCACGGUUCAAGUCCAAACCGGUGGAGAAGUGUCGUGCGACACGACACAAGAACGGCCCCGCCCAUCUCCGCUGCGCUGCCCUUGCCAGAACCGUGGCAUCUGCACUGGUGACGGACAGGUCCAGUGCGAAUGCCCACCCGACUACGAAGGCGUCCACUGCGAGACCCACCUGCUGCGUCGGCCGACUCCGUCCGAAAGCGUCGCUCCGGCUUACAUCAUUGUGCCUAUUCUUCUCAUUAUCCUCGCCGGACUGGCUGGAGCCGCUGUGUACGUCUUCUUUUUCCGACGGUCCGGCCGAGCUAAAGGCUCUGGUUUCACCGGAUUUGGCGGAAGUCCCAGCGUCUCUUUCCGUCAAGGUACCAACGUCGAGUUUGGUCCGGCCACUUUCUCUGGAAACGGCUCUUCCGCUUCCACAAUGGAACCGGUCGAUUCCGAGUUCAACGGCCGUGACGCAUCGACCAAAUCGCGCGAUUUCUCCAACCCCAUGUAUGACGCCGUUGGCGGAUCUGUGGAAGCUCCCAAAGGUGGAAUCUACGAAGUCCCUGCCGAUAUGAUUAAAGGUAUGCCGCUGUCCUCCGAUCCCGUGCCGGGCUCGGCCGUCAUAUCGCCGUCCAGCAUUGUGCAUCAAGCUUCGCCGCAAAUUCACAUCCGUCAUCGGGAAUUAGACCCAAGCAACGUGGAUACGGGCAAGGAUACCCAAAAAUUAGUCGAGGACACUUCCGACUGUUAAAGUUAAAGCACAAAAAAAGAGAUUCCUGGACUGAUGACGCGCACGAUUACAAGUGUGGCAGCGCCUGUCUGAGUGACAUCGAGUGAUAAGAUUCAAACACACAUCCACACGUUUUGUCUGAAAGGGGAAAUAGGCAAUUUAUGGCAAUACUAUGCCGACAGUUUUUGUUAAACAUACAGACAGACCCGUUCAAGUCCGUUCUUGCUUCCAGCAAGAUCAUUUUUUAAUCGAAAUUUUUUCGGGAUUAAUUAAUGUCAUUAAUUAAUUCUUCCUUUGUUGUUGAUUUAUUAUUUUUUUUUUUUUUUCUUCAUUUUCUUUUCUCGUUUUAUCGUCAGGACACAUCCCCCCUCCCUCCCUCAAUGCUUCUGAAGUAUCUCCACCAUGUUCUUACCUAUUCUUCCUAUUUUUUAAGUUUACCCCUAUUAUUACUUAAAAUUUCCUGUGCCGUCCAAUUUUGUAUUCCUCUUAUUCACAUUCUCUGGGGUUCUUCUAUUUAUUUUAUUUCUAUUUUUUUUUUUUUUUUUUUUUUUUUUUUCAAUUUUAGUUUUUGUCCCGAUGGCAUUGGAACAAAACAAACAUCACAACGCAAAAGCGUAAAGCACAAUUUUCAAAAGAGAAAAACACAAGUCUUAGAUUAUUUUGAGGACACCGUAUUAAGAAGAAAAAAAAAAAAGAAAGAAAUGUGUACAGGAUUUGUUUUGUUUUUUAUCAUUAUUAUUAUUAACAAUUUUUUUUUUUGUAACCAUUCACAAUCAGAUUGAUCCCUUUUCCUUCUGAACAACAGUAAUAUUCAAUUUUCUUAAUCGACCAAAAGUGUUGGAGGGAAGCAAAGCCAAGUACAGUACAUAUUUGAAAAAAAAUUGGACUGAAACUAGGACGGGGCCAAAUGAGAAAAAAAGAAAGUGGUUGUUGUGAAAGGAAAAAAACGUUUAAUGCCUUGUAGAUUUUUACUCCUUUUUUUUCUUCUUCUUUUCUUAUUAUUGAUGUAUUGUUCUUAUGCAAAUGAGCAUCGUGUUAAAAACAAACAAGAAAAUGCACACACACACACACAAAAAUGAAGGAAAUGGAGAGGAAAAUCAUAAUCAAGCUUAGCCGUCGGCUGCCUUAAAAAAAGACGUACACAAAACACGCAAACACACCUUGGGAAAGAAUGAUUGCAUUUGAAAAACAAUUUCCUCUGUGUGGGUGUUGUGUCAUAAUAAUAAUCGAAUAUUUAACCUUUUUUUUUUUUUUUUUUUUUUCUUCCUUUUCAUCACCACACGAAGAAAGGCCCCAAACAUGUGUUUUUGUAAUCCCUACUAUUUUUUUUUUUUUAAGCAAUCCUUUCAGUUCCCUUGACCGAAAUUCAUUCGUCUAUUCCUCCUCCCUACCUACAUUGGGGUCUCUUUUUUUUUUUUUUUAUUGGUCCCUCCGAAUCCCAAGCCUGUAUCCCUCCCUAUUGACCGAGCAUGUUGAACUGCUAUCAGAUAUGUUUCUAUCUUAACUCUAUAUUGCAAUAAACGGAUUAAAGUUCUAA